CCGGGCCUCCGCGCAGACAACAUGGAGGCCGUGAAAACCUUCAACAGCGAGGAUUGUGCCUCUACUCCUGCUUGUACAGACUGCUUUUCCAGCAGCAUGGACACAAGAAGCAUAUUGUAUUCCCUGAAUGACUACAAACCACCCAUUUCUAAAGCGAAAAUGACCCAGAUUACAAAGGCAGCCAUCAAAGCAAUUAAGUUCUAUAAACAUGUGGUACAAAGUGUUGAGAAAUUCAUUCAGAAAUGUAAACCAGAAUAUAAGGUACCUGGACUUUAUGUUAUUGACUCCAUUGUGCGACAAUCCCGACAUCAGUUUGGUCAAGAAAAGGAUGUCUUUGCACCCAGAUUUAGUAAUAACAUCAUUAGCACUUUCCAGAAUUUGUAUCGUUGCCCCGGGGAUGACAAGAGCAAAAUAGUGAGAGUAUUAAAUUUAUGGCAGAAGAAUAAUGUGUUUAAGAGUGAGAUUAUUCAGCCUCUACUGGACAUGGCUGCAGGAAUCCCGCCCCCAGUCGUCACGCCUGUCUUGGCCAGCACUACUGCUGCUAUGAGCAAUACUCCAGGUACACCUGUGACACCUGCUACUCCAGCCAAUGUUGUCCAAGGCCUUCCUGAUCCAUGGGUAUCUCAGAUAACAAAUACAGAUACACUCGCAGCUGUUGCUCAGAUCUUACAAAGUCCUCAAGGUCAACAGCUUCAGCAGUUAAUACAGACCUUACAGAUACAGCAGCAGAAGCCUCAGCCCUCCAUCCUGCAGGCCUUAGACGCCGGUCUCGUGGUGCAGUUGCAAGCUCUCACCGCACAGCUGACAGCUGCAGCUGCAGCAGCCAACACACUUACUCCCUUAGAUCAGGGCGUCUCUUUUAACAAGAAGUUGAUGGAUAGGUUUGAUUUUGGGGAAGAUUCUGAGCAUAGUGAAGAACCCAAAAAGGAAAUUCCUACUCCUCAACUUUCUCAUGUUUCCGAAUCUGUGAACAAUUCCAUUUUUCAUCAAAUAGCAGAACAACUGCAGCAGCAAAAUCUUGAGCAUCUCCGACAGCAGCUUCUGGAACAGCAGCCACCUCAAAAGGCAACUCCUCAGGACAGCCAAGAGGGGACAUUCGGGUCAGAGCACUCCGCGUCACCAUCACAAGGAAGUAGUCAACAGCAUUUUCUUGAACCUGAAGCAAAUUUAGAUGAUUCCAUAGAUAUUCAGCAACAGGAUAUGGAUAUAGAUGAAGGGCAAGACCCUGUGGAGGAGGAGAUGUUUGAGCCAGAGGUGAAGAAAGUGGCUGUCCGCUCAAGAUCAAGAACUCACUCGCGAUCUCGUUCAAGAUCUCCUAGAAAACGAAGGUCCAGGUCCCGGUCGGGGUCCCGCAAGCGCAAGCACAGAAAGCGAUCCCGCUCCCGCUCAAGGGAGAGAAAGAGGAAAUCCUCACGCUCAUACUCAAGUGAAAGAAGAGCCAGAGAAAGGGAAAAAGAAAGGCAGAAGAAGGGAUUGCCGCCUAUUAGGUCAAAAACAUUAAGUGUGUGCAGCACAACUCUCUGGGUUGGUCAGGUGGACAAGAAGGCAACUCAGCAGGAUUUAACCAACCUUUUUGAAGAGUUUGGACAAAUUGAAUCCAUUAAUAUGAUUCCGCCCAGGGGCUGUGCAUAUGUCUGCAUGGUUCAUCGGCAAGAUGCAUUUCGGGCUCUUCAGAAACUGAGUUCGGGAUCCUAUAAGAUUGGUUCCAAGGUUAUUAAGAUUGCUUGGGCUUUAAACAAAGGUGUGAAAACAGAAUACAAACAAUUCUGGGAUGUGGAUCUCGGAGUUACAUAUAUACCGUGGGAAAAAGUGAAGGUGGAUGACUUGGAUGGCUUUGCCGAAGGAGGCAUGAUUGAUCAAGAGACUGUCAAUACUGAAUGGGAAACCAUGAAAAGCGCAGAACCUGUUAAAGAGACGGUCCAGACAACACAGAGCCCCAGUCCAGUAGAGAAGGAGACGGUGGUCACGACCCAGGCCGAGGUGUUCCCUCCGCCCGUCGCCAUGCUGCAGAUCCCAGUAGCUCCUGCAGUGCCUGCAGUGAGCUUAGUCCCACCAGCGUUUCCUGUAUCCAUGCCUGUUCCCCCACCUGGAUUCAGUCCCAUUCCUCCACCUCCUUUUCUACGAGCAAGUUUCAACCCUUCACAACCACCUCCUGGUUUCAUGCCGCCUCCUGUCCCGCCCCCUGUGGUCCCGCCCCCUGCGGUUCCUCCGGUCGUGCCAGCAUCUUUAGUGCAACCACCAUUGUCCAUGACCCCAGAAUCUGUGAAAGAUGUUGGAUUUGGUAGCCUUGUUUUACCAGGUGGUUCUGUUACAAGCAGUCUUGCUACUUCAGCUCUACCAGCUGGAAAUGUUUUUAAUCCUCCCACUAAACAACCAGAGCCUGAAGAAAAAGUACCUCAUCUCAUAGAACACCAGAUCCCUCCUGGUGAGAGCACUAGACCAGUGAUUCCAAAUGAUAUUCCAAGUAAUGCUGCAAUAUUAGGACAGCCGCCUAAUGCAACAAGCAAUUCUGGAAUUUUGGGAGUCCAACGACCAAAUGUAUCAAGUAAUUCUGAAAUUCUUGGGGUCCGGCCAUCUAAUGUUUCCAAUAGUUCUGGGAUUAUUGGAGCCCAACCACCAAACAUUCUAAAUAACUCUGGAAUUUUGGGAAUACAGCCACCAAGUGUGUCAAAUAGUUCUGGACUUUUGGGAGUACUGCCUCCAAAUUUGCCUAACAAUUCUGGACUUGUUGGAGUACAGCCACCAAAUAUCACAAAUCCUUCUGGACUUUUGGGAACACAGCCACCAGGUGGGCCUCAAAACUUACCUCCUUUAAAUCUCCCCAAUCCAAGGAUGCCUGCAUUGCCAAUGUUAGACCUUCGUCCAGGACUAAUACCACAGGCUCCUGGACCAAGAUUUCCUUUACUUCAGCCUGGAAUUCCACCCCAGCGAGGAAUCCCUCCCCCAUCGGUACUUGAAGCAGCCCUUCACCCGCCGCCCCGGGGACCUUUCCCUCCAGGAGAUAUUUUCAGUCAGCCAGAAAGACCUUUUCUGGCUCCUGUAAGACCAAGUGUAGACAAUGUCACUAACCCAGACAAAAGGAUGCCACUUGGGAAUGACAAUAUUCAACAGGAAGGAGAUAGAGAUUACCGGUUUCCUCCCUUAGAAAGCAGGGAGAGCAUGAGUAGGCCUCCCCCAGUGGAUGUCAGGGAUAUGGUUGGGCGGCCUAUAGAUCCAAGAGAAGGCCCUGGAAGGCCUCCAUUAGAUGGUAGGGAUCAUUUUGGAAGACCUCCUGUAGAUAUGAGAGAGAAUCUUGUGAGGCCAGGUCUAGAUCAUCUUGGUCGAAGGGAUCACUUCGGUUUUACUCCAGAAAAGCCCUGGGGGCACAGAGAUUUUGAUGAGAGAGAGCAUCGAGUUCUGCCUGUCUUUGGUGGUCCAAAAGGUUUACACGAAGAAAGAGGUAGAUUCCGGGCUGGAAGCUAUCGAUUUGAUCCGAGAAGUGGUCCUUGGAACAGGGGGUUUGGACAAGAAGUCCACCGAGAUUUUGACGACCGCAGAAGACCCUGGGAGAGGCAGAGGGACAGGGAUGACAGAGAUUUUGACUUCUGCAGAGAGGUGAACGGAAAUCGUCUUGGACGAGACAGAAUUCAAAACACUUGGGUCCCCCCUCCUCAUGCUCGGGUGUUUGAGUAUUUUGAAGGGGCCGCUGCACAACGAAAAGGUGAUAAUGUGCCUCAGGUUAAUGGUGAGAACACAGAGAGACAUGCUCAGCCUCCGCCUUUACCAGUGCAGAACGAUCCUGAACUGUAUGAGAAACUGUCAUCCGGAAGUGAGAUAAGCAAGGAGAAGAGUGACACAGUUGCUGAUGUAGAAAGUGAACCAGUGGUGGUAGAAAGCACAGAAACUGAGGGGACAUAAUCAUCACUCAGUAGGUAAAAGAUACCUUUUGUCAAGUUGUCAUCUCUGUAAUAGAUUAAUGGCUGACUGGACCAUAGUUGUUCACUUUUGUCUGCCAGAAUUAAGUUAAUCUGAUGUUCAUGUUCACCUUUCUCUUAAAUAAUUGUACAACUGACUUGUAUAGACAUUGUUCUUAAUAUGAACAUGGUAGGUAAACAUUUUUUAUUUUUCUGAUAAAGUAUAAAUGUUGCCCCAGAUUCUUUUAACGUCAAGGAAAUGAAUAACAGCUUGUCAGAGACUUCCUAUGGAAGAAAGAAUUUUUUAGAUACUAUCGCUAGGUGGGAUAUGGUAGCAGGUACACUCCACAGGAGCAAGGGUGGCGUAUCUUCUCCGUAUCUCUAGGCUGCUGCAGGAUUUUAAGGUAAUAGACAAAGCUGUGACAUUUAAUGCAAAGACUGGCUCUAGAUGCUUGAGGAGCAUAAUACAGAGAUUUUAACAAAUGAUUUUGUAAAAUCUAUACCAUGGUCUCUGUUACUCCAAAGUAAGUGUGUGUGAUCUGUUCCUCAUACUACAGUGAGUAAAAAGAAAAAAAAAAGCAAACAACGUAAAUAUUCAAAACCGUUUCAAUGUUGGGUGAAUUUUGUUUUUAGAUGCCAAUAAAACUUACUUGUUUGAUAACAG